CGCCCGAGUGAGUUUUUCUUUAUUUUUUCAUUAUCCAAAAGACUGUGUGCUUUAGUAUGACGAACUAACUUUAUCAAAACUUUUUCUUCAAAAUAAUAACAUCAGAUGUGCACAUAUCUAUUGCUGUAUUUAAGACGAGGCUUAAUAAAAAUGUAUUUGCCAGGGAACAGACCAUAUGUUGCCUGGUUGGCCUCACCUAAAAUGAAAAAGAAAAUGUUAUAUUGUGAAACUGGUGGAAGACAGUAUCCCUGCAGAUGACAACACUGAGAUCCUUACAGAAGUUACUCUUAAAACUUCUGUGCAUCUGGUAUAUAAGUCAUGUCUUCUGUUGAGUUUGUAGAGUCUCUGGGACAGAAAUGGGUUAGGGUUAACCUCUGGGUCCUUAAAAGGACAGACGCGUGUGUGUGUGUGUGUGUUGUAAAACAUAUUCUGUUACCUUAUUUUUAUAAUUAAUUCCCUCAGUCAAUGUCCCAUCCCAGAACCUUGAAUAGGAUGUGACACUCCCACGCCCUAAGAGGCAAAGCAAAGAAUGAAGUCAUUGUAAAAAAUUGAAAACUGAGAUAAGUCUAAUUUCUACUUCAUGUGGACAGUUCUCUGGGGUAUUUUGCAGAAUCAAAAACCUUUGCAGACGUGGAAUUAGAUCAUUUCUGCAUGAGUGUGCACUGCUAAAAUGCGUCCCAUGGAAUCUAUACUGUGUAUUGAAUUUCUAGGGGCGAAUAAAAGAGCUACAGAGAGUGAGCUUUUGUGCACCCUGACUUGGAAAUGUGUACUUUAUAAAAGCUAGUUAUGUCAAGAAGCUACAAUCACAGAGCAAAUUCAGUCAACCAUGUUCGUGCAUUUGCAUCAUAAAAGGCAUCAUAAAACUAGAGCACCUUUCCAAAACACUUUUAGGGGUGUUGGCUUAGUUCUCUUUCAACUUCCUGUCAUCUGAUUUCUUUUAUGUACUUUCACAGUUCUUGGCAUCGGCAGGAUGUUCUUGUGGUUCUCAAGACGACUUUAACUAUUGAAUGGUGAAACCAGAAAAAAGAAUCAUUACCCUGGGGUAAAGGAGAAGAACAGUUGCUGUACUCAUUAAAGGACAGCUUCAGCUCGGUUCCAGCCCCCCUACUUUUGCCCUCCCUUGCACAAAUACAAUGCUGGGUACACUCUUGCGGAAGAACAUGUCCCAGAAGCUGAGUGUGCUGCUGCUGGUCUUUGGCCUGGUAUGGGGUCUGAUGCUGCUACGCUACACUGUUCAGCAACCUCGACAUCAGAGCAGUGCCGAGCUACGUGAGCAGAUACUGGAGCUCAGUCGGCGAUAUGUCAAGGUCUUGACAGAGGAGAACCAGAAUGCACCGGUUGGGUCACAGGGAGCCUCCAUGGCAGGUUAUGCUGAUCUGAAGAGGACUAUAGCUGUGUUGCUGGAUGACAUCCUGACGCGGUUGGUCAAACUGGAGGGGAAAAUUGAUCUUGUGGCGAACUCCUCCUCUCCCAACACUUCACACAUUGCAGGCGUCGCCCUUUUGUCAAGUCACCCGGGACAGAACCGCCUUCACCCACAUGUGCCUCGAAGACUACCACGUCAUCAAGGAGCCCAGCCAUGAUCACUGUUAUCGUUUUGUUACACAUCAAGCUUUUUCAGCCUUUUUCAUGGAUGUAACAAUGUGAGACAAAUAAAGAGCAAUAGAGGGACUAAUGGAUGUCCACUUACACUUGGGAUGCAUAUCAGAAAUGACAAGAAGAUCAGAAGGAAGAAAACAGACUUUUCCUGCUGUGUCCUUUACUAUGGUGAUAUUUAUUAUUUUUUACAAAGACUUUCAAUCACAUUUGUAUAUUUUUUAUUACUGAUUUUGUUUGGCUUAAAACUAGCAUUGUUUUAUAAUGCAGUUUGAACCCAAUCAUAUUUAAAUGGAUAGAAAAAAAUAUAAACAUAGAAAUAAACAUUGACUAUCAAAGACACUUCAAACCCUUCCUAGGCAGCACUGUAACAACUUUUCAUAUAUUCUCUCAAAAUUAAGAACUGAACUUACCGUCACAAUAUCUAGAAACAUUUAAUUUAUAUUACAGUGUGCCACCAGCGCAAAAACUAUAGUUAAACUGUAAGUGAUAAUCCAAAGAAUGCUUUUUGCACUCCUGUCUGAAUCCAAUGUGUGUGUGUUUCAUGCAACAACAUUUGUGACUGCAGCAGAAUUAAUGUAAUGUUGACUAUUUGCCAAUGUAAACAUGACUUUCAGCAAUUUGUCUUUGCUGUUAUUCAGUGAUUCUCUUGCCUGUUAAGGGAGCCGUUUUUAUUCACGUUUAGAGAAGUCUGUCCUGUAAGGUUCAUUUUUAGCCAUGGAGUGCUGUGGAUAUGAUUCACUGAUGGCCCAUCGCUCACACGUGUUCAGGGAUUGUGUUUCCCUAUGACUCUGUGAUUGUAAAUUAAUGUACCGAGCACAUCAGCUUUGAGUCUAGGCAUAUUUUACACUCUCUGAAGUAUUAAUUUUUCUUUAGAAGAAAGAUGCUUGUGCAUCACAGUAGUAAAAUAACAAACAAACAACUGGUCAAUGUGUUCAUUCCGAUGAAUAAACAAGAGCAAUACAUCCAUAAAAAAUUUUGAGGGUUGUGUGAAAAACUGUUAAUGUGGUUUUAAAACUAAAGAACAUAAAGGUAAAUGCUAACUCCCUCACUCUUUCUAAUAUCUUGACAUCUUAGCAGUAAUAGUUUGUAGAGUUUACUAACCUGAGUUUAUUUUAUGGUUGUUGAAAACUAAAAAAAUGAGUCUGUUUACUAUAAGUGGUGCCAUAAAUGUAUGUUGUGGGCCGAUCAGCUGCUGUGAAAUAGCUUUACUAAUAAAUUUACCUCAUGGAAAGGUGUUCUCUACAA